AUUAUUGUUCAAUUGUGUGUUUUGUCGUGUUGGACAGUUAUAUCUCAUUUGUUCUUCAGGCCACAUUUUCAAUCCCACGAUAUUACAUGAUAAUCCCAAAAUCAAACAUCGACCCACGUUAAUUCACCUCUCUUUUUCACAAACCCAUGUUUCAAUUUCCCCAUUUAAUCAUUUAAUUUUUCUUGAAAAUCCCAAAAAAAUCUUGAAAAUUUGCAGGCAUGGCUGCUGCACUUAGAGCAAAAUCAUCAAGAAGUACAUCAUGUUUCAGUCUUUCUCAGUUCAGAUUCUUCAUACUCAAUCACAUACAUGAUGUCCGUAUAGCCAGUUUUCAAACCAGGUCAACAAGUAGACUGGAUGAUUAUAUUAGUGAUAGUGGUUAUCAUAGGCCUGUUUCAAUAAAAGACAACUUUUUUGAUAAGGGGUAUGAUAAUUUCGAGUGUUUCAAGGGUUUUAGUAGGAGGAUUAGUGUUUCUAGUGCUUAUGGUGAUCCUCCUGAGGUUUGGCAGCCUCCUGGUGAUGGUAUUGUGGUUAGGCCUGGUGUGAAAUUUGUGCAGGUGCCUGAUAAAGAUGGAGGGGGCUCGGGUUCGAGUGGCGGGUUUGGGGGGAAGGAUGAGUCUUGGGGAGGAUCUAAUAUGGGUAAUAGUUUUCCGACUCCGAAAGAGAUUUGUAAAGGGCUUGAUAAGUUUGUUAUUGGGCAGGAAAGAGCUAAAAAGGUACUUGCUGUUGCAGUUUAUAACCACUAUAAGAGAAUAUCAAGUGACACUUUGGAAAAGUCUGCUGGUAAUUCAGGCAGUGACAAAACUAAUGCCAUGGAUAAUGAUGCCGUGGAACUCGAGAAGAGUAAUAUUCUAAUGAUGGGGCCAACCGGUUCAGGGAAGACACUACUUGCCAAGACCUUGGCCCGAUUGGUGAAUGUACCUUUCGUAAUUGCAGAUGCUACCACUCUUACUCAGGCAGGAUAUGUUGGUGAAGAUGUAGAGUCCAUACUAUACAAGCUCCUAACAGUUGCAGACUAUAAUGUUGUAGCUGCCCAGCAGGGCAUCGUAUAUAUUGAUGAAGUUGACAAAAUCACAAAAAAGGCUGAAAGCCUCAAUAUUAGUAGAGAUGUUUCUGGAGAGGGUGUCCAGCAGGCAUUACUGAAAAUGCUGGAAGGGACUAUAGUCAAUGUACCAGAAAAGGGAGCUAGAAAGCAUCCGAGAGGUGACAAUAUACAGAUUGACACCAAAGAUAUUCUCUUUAUCUGUGGCGGUGCCUUCAUAGACUUGGAGAAAACAAUCUCUGAAAGGCGCCAGGAUUCUUCUAUUGGAUUUGGUGCACCAGUUCGUGCAAACAUGAGGACUGCUAGUGUUACACAAGCGUCUGUGACAUCGUCGUUACUGGACACUGUGGAAAGCAGUGAUCUUAUUGCAUAUGGUCUGAUACCUGAAUUUGUUGGACGAUUUCCCAUUCUUGUUAACUUGUCCGCUCUUACUGAGGAUCAACUGGUUCAGGUGCUAACGGAGCCAAAAAAUGCUUUAGGAAAGCAAUACAGAAAGAUGUUUCAAAUGAAUGGAGUGAAUCUGCAUUUCACCGAAGGUGCUUUGAGAUUGAUUGCUAGAAAAGCAAUUACCAAAAACACUGGUGCUCGUGGUUUAAGGUCCUUGUUAGAGACCAUAUUGAUGGAUUCUAUGUAUGAGAUUCCUGAUGAGAGAACGGGGGAUGACAUAAUAGAUGCUGUUGUUGUUGACGAGGAAGCUGUUGGAUCAGAGGGUCGUGGAUGCGGAGCUAAGAUCUUAUAUGGUCGGGGCGCAUUGACCAACUUUCUCUCAAAACAAAAGUCAAAAGAUGUCGAGGCAAAUGCAGAAGGAUCUGAUGGUGAUCAGGAGGGUGAAUCCGAGCUUCCUUCCAUUGUAGCAAUGUAACUCUGUUGCUUUGAUUGUAACUUCUGUGUAAUUCAUCUUGGAUGAUUUAUGAUGCCACACAUGUACAGUGUAUAAAUUAAUUGAAAAUAUCGAUCAUCUUCAUAGACACUAAUAUAUAAUAAGUAAUAGUGACAAUGACUAAUUAUAAUGUGUGUAUUUUAAUCA